GAACAAAGGGGAACAACUCAUUUAUAUGUCGCGUCUCGUGCAACUGAGAAAACAAAGCUGUCGACGACAACAACAUUGAACAUUUUAUCUUUUUUUUUUUUUAAUAAUAAGAGAUUCGUAAACGAAUUGAAUGAACUGACUUAAGUAAAAAGUAUCUAUCUGGGCUGAAACAAAACGUUUCCACGCGCAUACGCCCGUACACGUUUCCUGUCGUCUGGUCAAGAUUUAUGCGAGCUGUCAUGCUGCCAUGCUUCACUGCUUGAUUCGUAGUCUUAUUGACACUUGACUCAAUUUCACUCCCUUAAAUGAUCAGCAAUCUUAUUCCUAAACAAGUGGAUCCAUUCUUUAUUAUUUUAACAGACUGCAUAACAUCGUAAAGGCUGUUCUGAUGGCAUCUACUAAAGUAAUAUCAUCAGCCUUCAAAUUCAUAGACAUCGGUGCAAAUCUGACAGAUCCUAUAUUCCGAGGACUUUAUCAUCGUACAAAAAAACAUGAAGAUGAUUUUAAAGAUGUUCUUCAAAGAGCUGCUGAUGUUGGCGUCCAAAAGAUCAUCAUAACUGGAGGGAACCUAGAGGACUCGAAAGAUGCCCUAAAACUGGCAGAAACAGAAGAAUGUCUUUUCAGCACUGUAGGGUGCCAUCCCACACGAAGCAAUGAGUUUGAUAAACAUGGUGAUCCAGACAAGUAUCUGAGUGACCUCAUUGAAUUAGCGAAGAGCAGUGAGAAAGUUGCUGCCCUUGGGGAGUGUGGGCUUGAUUAUGACAGAACUCAGUUUUGUGAACCAGAGAUACAGAAAAAAUAUUUUGAAAGGCAGAUGGAAGCAGCAGAAUCUACAAAGCUGCCUCUGUUCCUUCACAUGCGCAGUGCUGCUAGUGAUUUCUGCGAAAUUGUUGCCAGAAAUCGUGACAAAAUAUCUGGAGGCGUGGUUCAUUCUUUUACAGGUACCAAACAAGAAGCUGCGUGGAUCUUGGAUCAAGGUUUUUAUAUCGGCAUCAAUGGAUGCUCUUUGAAGACACAAGAUAACUUGGAUGUCAUGUGCUCCAUCCCUUGUGAUCGUUUGAUGAUAGAGACUGACGCUCCAUGGUGUGAGAUAAAACCCACUCAUGCUGGCUUCAGAUCCAUUAAGACGACAUUUCCCAGCAAGAAGAAAGAACGCUGGGAGAAAGGAAGCUGUAUAAAGGGAAGAAAUGAGCCAGCACAUAUCAUCCAAGUCCUUGAAGUGAUGGCUGCUGCAAGGCAGGAAGAUGAGGAGGAGCUGGCCCAGAUUAUGUACGAGAACACCCUCAGGCUCUUUUUUAACAAAUCUUGAUGCAGCGUGUAUGUGAUUUAGAUUUUCAUCAGCAUGUAUUUUUGUUAUUAACAUUAGCACAAAUCAGCAUGAACAGCAAAGGAUCCUACAGUUUACAAAUAAUUGUAUCUACUAAUUUUCAUUUUAUAAGAAGUCUUCAUGAUUAGUGUUUGAGCUAAUAUCACAACAAAGCAACUAGCCACUGUAGACAGGUGCUACGUGUAGAGACACCUAGAGAGGACACAAAGUUAUAUUAUUGUAUGGGUGACAAGCUCAAAAGUCAUCAUGUGGACACAAUAGUCAGCUAAUAAGCAGGCCAUCAAAGCUAGACAACCAUGUUGAAGAAAAGCACAAAGAGGCUAACAGUUAUCAUUUUACCUUAACAUCCAUUCAAUUAAAGUGUUUGAUUGGUAGAUUUCAUUCAUGUUGAGGUCUAUGGCAAUGCUAGCACCCAAUCUGAAGAUACCUUGUACUUUCAAUGACUGUAUCUGCUUGGAUAUCUAAAUUAAUCAAAAGAUGUAUGCACCUUUCUUGCAUCUCCAAGCACACAUCAUAAAAAAAACUCAGUAAACAUAAAUACCAAGCAACUCAUCUGUGUUUACAGUUUGCUUUAAUAAAUGCCAUUUGAAAAUUA